AUGGCCCCCCAAAUCAUCCACCUUCCAGACGGACAGAAGUUCACAGUCACGCCAGUCUUUGCGGGCCUCUUUUUCAAGUCCCACGAACUCAACACACACAACAACCCUUUCCCCAUCGGCUGGACGAUCGUGCUCAAUACCGAGGAUGCGCACCUCGAGGUGGAUGACGUCGACGGUCAGCAGGGCGAGGAAGACCGCACCCGCCGGCGACACAUACACAGCUUCAAACAACCUACACUACAGGGCGAUAACCUCUUCAUCUCGUCGAUAUCACAGCCUUCAAGCACCGAGUUUAAGCCCGCCGCGAGCCCGACACGUCAGAUCGCCAUGAUGCUCUGGGUGACGCUCUACUGGUACUUCCAUCAACCACAACCGUCACCUUACCUCACGACCGAUGCAUCGAGGCUAACGCCGGAAGAAGCGCGGCCCAAGGGCGAGUGGCGCAUCAAUAUCAAGCGUGACGGGGUAUUGCGUGGCAGGAACCUCAUACCAAAGCUUGAGCGUAUGGGACUCAUUGCAUCGCUGGACUCUGCGGUGGGGACGAACCUCAAGGACAACGGCGAGGAAUGGUCGCAGAUGUUUGUCUCGCGGCGCAUGUUUUGGCAGAUACCGGGGCGGCUGUUCUUGUUCACCCUGCAGCGUACUAGUGCCGCAUCGACAACGAACCCCGAAUCGCCAAACGGGAGCAGGCCGACAUCACCUGCUCGAACCGAGUCGAUUCACUCAAGGCAUCAUACGCCCAUACACUCCCCGCACCAAUCUACGGGGGGCCGUUUCGAUGUAGACCUCCCCGGAGGGCCUCCGCCGAUGACCAUGGUCACGACCUUGAACUUCCCCAUUGGGCCGUUCUAUUCCAGUUCACAUCUCCCAACGUACUACCCGCCGGCGCCUUUGAUGUAUACGGUCACCAACGGUGUGCGCCAUCCAAUCCGCAGGAAACCAGGCCGGAUGGGUGAAGUCUUUUACUCGCGCUAUGUGCCGAGCGUUGGGCAAUAUCUGUCAUUUCGGGUAGCGUCACUUACACCAGAGCCUGUUCCCUACCUCGGACCCCUGGGCCCCAAGCCUGUCGAGAAUGGCCACCUCGCCAGCCUGUGCGACACAGAUCUGCUGCAGUCGUGGCUGUCGAACCCACGAGUACAGAAGUUCUGGGGGGAUUACUCGCCAGACUUUUUGAGCAACGCGCUGAGCUCCAAGCACUCGUUCCCGGUGAUUGGCAUGUGGGAUGGGGUGCCGUUUGGGUAUUUCGAGAUUUACUGGGUCAAGGAGGAUAUUCUGGGCCAGAAACUAGGGAACGAUGCUGGGGACUACGACCGCGGUAUCCACGUUUUUGUAGGCGAAGAAUGGGCGCGGGGACGGGUGCCAGCAUGGCUGACGAGCUUGGUGCACUGGUGCUUUGCCAAAGAACGCGAGGUUGCGUUCCCUCACAAGCAGUCCUAUCUGAUGAAGUUGAAUAGGGAUGCCUGGGAAGGACCAGCUUUGUGA